UGUAGCACCUGUGACAGAGAUCCGCAUCCCAGAGCGGAAGGGGAGGUAGAGACACCACACGGGGAAGAGCAAGUGCGAAAAUAAGAAUCCCCGAGACCAGUUGUCGCCCGACGAGGCGGCCACUCUUUGGCGAGGAUCUACAGCAGUAUUUGCCAAAACUGACUCGCGUGACUUGCUCGCUCAACUCGGCUCUUGGGGCCGAAAAGGAAAAGAGAGAUCGUCGGGAGGGGGAGGACAACAAAACAAAAGGCGCAGCGUGGUGACCAAGCCCCGCAUGAUACCGGCAGCUAUACGUUGUCGUAGGGGAAGAGAAGCGUUGGUGGGAGCCACUGUGGGAUGGCGAAGAUGGGGGUCAAUCGGAAGCUACAGACGGAAAUCGACCGAACCUUGAAGAAGGUUGACGAGGGCGUGGCCCUCUUUGACGAGAUCUGGGAUAAGGUGUACUCGGCUACACAGCAAAACCAGAAGGAGAAGUAUGAGGGAGACCUCAAGAAAGAGAUCAAGAAGCUCCAGCGGCACCGAGAUUCCAUCAAGGGCUGGCUGCAGAGCAACGACAUCAAAGACAAGACCAUCCUGCUGGAGGUGAGACGCCGGAUAGAAUCUAAGAUGGAGCAGUUCAAGGUUUGCGAGAAGGAGACCAAGACCAAGAAGUUCAGCAAGGAGGGCUUAGCGAGAGAGGCAGAGAUGGAUCCAGAGGAAAAGGAGAAGAUGGAAAAGCGCGAUUGGCUGACGGAAAAGAUACAGAUGCUCAACACGCAGCUAGAGGGCUUCGAAGCAGACGUGGAGAAGGCGAUGGCUGCAUUGGGCAAGAAGAAGAAGGCCAAAGAUGACGAGAGAAUCAACGCUCUCGACAACGCUAGAAAGCAGCACAACUACCACAUCGGGCGGCUGGAGCAAAUGCUGAGACUUUUGGACAACAACGACCUAGCGCCAGACCAGGUGGACAGCAUCAUCGAGGACCUUGACUGGUACAUCAGCCAGGCGGGAGACGACAUCCACCUCAUCGAGAAGUUCGAGGCCGAGGACUCUUACGACCUUUACGAGGCCCUAGAGCUGGACGAGCUCGCCGCGCCGGGGGCGCCGCCGGUGGUGAAGGGCAGCAAAAAGCUUGACGUGUACGCCGAGGGAGACGAAGAAGACGAGGACAGCGACGCAGAUGAGCCGCCAGCACCGACGGUCAAACUCAGGGGAAAGAAGGGCAAGGCGGCGGCAGCAGCAGCGGCCGCGGCGGGCAUCCCGUUGAUUGGCCGGCCGGUCGUCAAGAACGCCAAGGAUGCCAAGACUUCGGCGCCGGCCGCGGGGGGCCGGCAACGUGCCACGACCACGGCAUCGGGCAUGCCAAUCAUCGGACGCCCGGUCGUGUCAGCCGCGGUGCCAACAGCAAAGGUCGCCAAGGCCCCGGGUUUGGGAGACUCGCCGCAGGCACCCACCCAGCAGCAGCAACAACAACAAGGUGGGCCUUCGCCCGCGGGACAGCAGCAGUCGACGAUGGCCGCGGCAGCAAGGAUGGGCACACCAGGGCCUCAGACACCGGGACAGACGAUGCAGAGCGCGACCACGACUCCCAUCAAGAUGGGACGCAUGACAUCAGCAGCGGAUGCCAUGCACACUCCCCAGCGACAGGAGUACCAGUAG